AUGAUUAACAACAUAUCAACUUCACAUAAUCAUUUUUGCAUGUGUGUAUCAAUAAAAUUGUGCAGUUUCUACAAUAACAAGCAGUUUUAAAGUAAGGUUUUGUGCGGUGAAGAACUUAUUAGAAAACCGUUUGUGAAGGCGUGUGCAAGAUUUAUAUGAAUUUUGUAAUAUUCUCGGAUGUUGUUUGGUGAUAGAAAAAAGUUUUCAUAAGAGGUGAAAAAUUUUGGCUGGGAAUCGAAAAGUGAAUCAUUCAAAGAAAAAAGUAAUCAAGAGGAAAUUGGUUUGCGUGCAUGUGAUGCGGAUAAGUACACCUUACAGUGCUCUCGGCUAAAGUGGUCAGAAGAAAGGAAAAUCGAAAAUUUAAAUUAUGUCUAAUGUAUCAUGUGAUAUCGAAUUUACCAGGUGAAUUACUGUGGUGCAAGGGCAUUCGUGAAAAGCUUUUAUUUGUACAGCAAAGUGUUAUGGGAGAAUCGUGAAGGAUGUGAAUGAUUUGAGGAGUAUAACGAAAGGUCAAAAUUCGAUUCGACUCGUGAACUCGGUGCUUUAUAGGGUAUUAGAAAAGUAUUGUUUUUUUUUAAUAUUUUAUAUAACUCGGUGUAAGUAACACAAGGCAGCAUCAGCAGUGAAAAUGUCAAAUUUCUGCUGCCAGAGGAUGGUUUCCUCGCUUCUCUUAUGUAUGGCAGUAAUAAGUCCGGCAUAUUGCAUAUUCGAUCGAUUGGUAGUUCAAACCACGAGCGGGCCAAUCAGAGGGCGCUCUACAAUGGUGCAAGGGCGAGAAGUGCACGUGUUUAAUGGAGUUCCGUUUGCCAAGCCACCGGUUGAUGGAUUGCGAUUCAAAAAACCCGUUCCGGCAGAACCCUGGCAUGGAGUGUUAGAUGCUACUCGAUUACCGCCAUCAUGCAUUCAAGAACGAUAUGAGUAUUUUCCCGGCUUCGCAGGCGAAGAAAUGUGGAAUCCCAAUACGAAUGUGUCGGAAGACUGUCUCUACCUGAACAUCUGGGUGCCAACAAAAACUCGAUUACGCCAUGGGCGGGGCUUGAAUUUUGGCGGCAGCAAUGAUUACUUCCAAGACGAAGAUGACUUCCAGCGACAACACCAGGCCAACAAAGGGGGUUUGGCCAUGUUGGUGUGGAUCUAUGGCGGAGGUUUCAUGAGUGGCACCUCGACGCUAGACGUAUACAAUGCCGAAAUACUGGCAGCCGUCGGAAAUGUGAUAGUAGCAUCGAUGCAGUACCGCGUAGGGGCAUUCGGAUUUUUCUAUCUAUCGCCCUACCUCAACAAGCACGAAGAAGAGGCACCUGGAAACGUUGGCCUGUGGGAUCAGGCUCUGGCCAUUCGAUGGUUGAAAGAAAAUGCCAAAGCGUUUGGUGGUGAUCCUGAUUUGAUUACGCUGUUUGGAGAAUCGGCUGGAGGCAGUUCAGUGAGUCUACAUCUGUUGUCACCCGUGACCCGAGGUUUAUCGAGUCGAGGAAUUCUACAAUCCGGAACGUUGAAUGCACCCUGGAGUCACAUAACAGCCGAGAAAGCGCUCUCGGUUGCCGAGGCUCUGAUUGAUGACUGCAAUUGCAACGUCACCCUAUUGAAGGACGCACCGCACACCGUGCUGCAAUGCAUGCGAAAUGUGGACGCAAAAACGAUUUCCGUGCAGCAGUGGAAUUCAUACUCCGGCAUUCUGGGCUUCCCAUCUGCUCCGACAAUCGAUGGAGUUUUCAUGACAGCUGACCCGAUGACAAUGCUGCGGGAGGCCAACCUGGAGGGCAUAGACAUUCUGGUGGGCAGCAAUCGUGACGAGGGUACCUACUUCCUGCUGUACGACUUUAUCGAUUAUUUCGAGAAAGAAGCUGCCACCUCGUUGCCAAGAGACAAGUUCUUGGAAAUAAUGAACACCAUCUUCAGCAAGGCAUCGGAACCGGAACGUGAGGCCAUCAUUUUCCAGUACACCGGUUGGGAAAGUGGUAACGAUGGCUACCAGAACCAGCAACAAGUGGGACGAGCAGUAGGCGAUCAUUUCUUCAUCUGCCCAACGAAUGAAUUUGCACUCGGGUUAACUGAAAGGGGAGCCUCCGUCUAUUACUACUACUUUACUCACCGAACCAGCACAUCCGUGUGGGGUGAAUGGAUGGGUGUUCUGCACGGGGAUGAAGUGGAAUACAUCUUUGGACAGCCCAUGAAUACAUCCCUGCAGUACAGGCAACGAGAACGCGACCUCAGUAGGCGAAUGGUCUUAUCGGUUAGUGAAUUUUCCAGAUCUGGAAAUCCGGCGCUGGAAGGCGAACAUUGGCCAGUGUAUACGAAAGAAAAUCCCAUAUAUUUCAUAUUCAAUGCGGAAGGUGAGGACGAUUUGCGGGGGGAAAAGUACGGCCGAGGUCCGAUGGCGACGUCGUGUGCUUUCUGGAACGACUUUUUGCCACGGCUGAGAGCAUGGUCAUUGCCGCCAAAGUCAUCGUGCAACAUGCAGGAACCCAUUUCGGGCUCCAGCUUAUGCUAUGUGGACAUCAAAAUCGUGACGGUUCUUAUGGUCCUAAUACUAGUGAGAUUAUUUUAGACUGGCAUCACAGGAUAUCGUUUAUGUAAGCCUUUUUAAAGUCGAUAGGUUAAAAUUGUUUCGGCUAAGUGACAGCUUUCGUGUGUUUUUUCGUUUCCUUAAAAAAUGAGCUAGGUUUGCGCAACUGCACCUUAGCGUGAUUCGUCUGGUAGAAUGCAAAAUACUCAGUAAUUGCAGAAGAAGUACUCCUUCCACUUAUUUUGUCGUGAGCUGAAACGAUUUGAAGAAACAUACCACAUUAAUGAAUGCAAGUAAAAAACUAAAGUUGAAGAGCCUGGAUAAAGCUGUUAAGAGAUUGAGAUUGGAGUGUGUGAUCGAGAACAGAAUGUCACUUCUCGGACUGCUGACUGGUGACGAGGCGCGGGCGCUUAUCACACCAUCAUUAGAAACCACAACUUUGUUGUAAUACACACACACAGACACAAACUACACUCACUGAAAUACAUUUAUAAACACACGAACACACUACCCCACACAUUCACGUACGAAAGUACACAGGAGAAUUUUAAAUCGUACACCGCCUAGAGACGGAACACUGACGCAUUGAUCAGUCGGUCGGAAAAAACGGCAACAUCUUUGAACGAAACACUUUAAGUCGCCAAUGAUCGUUAACUUUCCAAACAAAAUAAAUGUUGAGAUUGGGAACGAUUGAAAUCAUAAAUUAGAAAAUAUUUUAGAACCGAAGAAAGUAGUGAUAUAGGAAAACAAAUAUAAGUCAAUUGGUGUUGUUGUGUAUAGGACAAAAAAACUAAUACUUGUUAGAUGUGCUGUUAAUUUAUCAGCUUCGCGUGUCUUUUGAAUUUUUAAUUUUCGAAGUUUUCUUGUGGAAUCCUUUGUGUUUUUUGUUUAAACCGGAGCUUGUACUGUGGCAAGUAUUUUUAAUGUCAACAUUUGGACAGUAUCCGGUUGCACACGAGUAGUUGUUUCAAUGUUUUGAAUGUAACCUAAAUGUUCAUAUACCCGAAAUAAAUAAAAAAAAUCGGACACGUAUUGAUGGCUAAAAGUCUUACCAGAAGGCUUCAAAGAUAGAUCGUAACUUAUCACGCAUUUAUACAAGAUCCUAAUCAUAUGUAGCACCCGGUCUUCAGAGAUAGACCUCAAAUUGAACACCGUUUUUUUCAUGAAAGCAUUUUUAGUUGUUUGAUAGACGAAAGUGUUUUUUUUUUAUUUCAUCAAUAAUUUUGCAAUCAAUUCAACAUUUCAAUCUAAACUAAACGAAGUAUUAAAAUAGAACUGACAGUUAUAAGUUUUUAAUGGAUAAGACUUUAACGGCACUUUAUUCAGUAAUCUAAAGGGGAAAGCAAAGAGCAAAAUUUGUGAAGCUGAUCAAACAUAUCUAAACGAUACAUAUCAUUAUUCGUAAAACACAGCUGAUAAAAAUCCGAUCAUAUUUAAUGACUGCACGCUUUUUUGUGUGUCAUAAAAUUUACGAAACCUUUAAUUUGUAUGGAAGAUACAAUAUUAUAAUAUUUAAUGAUAUUCAUGAAAGAAAAAACAAAUGUGAGGUAGUAGCAGUGUUGUAAGUACAUUUAACUACCAAGGCCCACCCUCUCCUUUUUAUAGGAAUCAUUAUGAGAAUUAUUAUUGUAUUCAAUGAAACACGCACGUGAAUUAUAAAAGAUCAAUCACUAGCUGACUUGAACUGUCCUUCCACCCAACAUAUACAAGAAAAAGUAAGCUACAUAUCCAUAAUUAUCGUAAAAAAAAGAAAAUUAAAAACUGAAGAUGUUAACUAUAAUAAUCAACUGCAAAGAGCACCAAAUCGCUCCUAGUGGUUAGAUGUAUUUCUGAUAUGGAAAGUAUAACAAAAUAAUAAAUAAAACACCGGUAGACUAGAAAACUCAGUGCAUUUGUUGUCAGUUGUGCACGUUCACAUAACACACAGAAGCAAAACUUAUGAAAACAUUGGCAGGUCUUAGAACUUAUCGAACGAAUACAAACACAGUGUAGAAAUUUUGAACAGGCACCGGUAAUGAAAUUUAAAAAAAAAACUCUCAACUAUCCUAUAUCUUUUCAAGCGGCAAGACUAACGAUCCCAUAAGUUUCAAACAAUUGUUGUCCUCAUAGAAGACUUCAUCUAAAUACAAUGCUUACGAAAUCUAAUUGUUGAGGUACCUGCCAAGAGUUGGUGGAAAAAUAUUCCGUUCAGCACCGAAAAUCGGAACAGAAAUAUUCUUGAAAAGUACGUUUUCUAUCAAUAGUGUAACUAAAAUAUCUAAAGGGCGGACACGAAAUUAUUGCGACAGCGAAAAUUUCAUACCAAUUUUCCUAAACUGUUCAGAAGCAAACCAAAAUUUUAGGUAGUUUAAUACGUAUAUUUACCUCAACAAUCCAAAGAAAAGUUUAUCGAUAGAACCUUGAGUGUAAAAUUAAACGCAUUUUCGCUUGAUGCCCUCCAUCAAAGUCUUUACUAUGUCCACAGUGUUUUUUUUUUCAAUUUUCUUAGCAUGUUCUUCUCGUCUUUGACUGUCUUCUUGCUCUUCUGAAGUUCCCGCUUCGUAAUUGCCCAGUACUGCUCCACCGAGCGCAGCUUCGGACAGUUUUGGCAGGUUCAUUUCCUUUGGAACAAAAUGGAGAGAAUUGGCCUAAUACCACUCCAGGACACUUUUAGAAUAUCAAUCUGACCAAAAUAACGGAUUGUUGUUUGUUUAUUUGUCUGAGAUUUUAACACUAUUUUAAAAACGAACACAAACACAUACAGGAUCUCAAUGAUGUUUCCUCGAAGAAACUCCUUUUUCUUAACUCUAAUCUUUCGAGGAUAUGAUGGCUAGCAUCUUACAAAUGCUAAAACCACCAACCCACAGAAAGUGUACUAUGUAUGCCGUGACCGGGAUUCGAUCUCAUACCCGCUGGCUUAGAAGACUUGAAGGCUAUCCUCUACGCCACGGGCUGCGGCGUUAUUCAUCCCUUAACCAAAAUAACGGAGCUUCGUCGUGCUGCUGCAAGAGCGGAAAAAAGCGCUUCUAGAGGCACUCAGAUUUGUAGAUCUCGCCAUUUAUUGUGCCCUUUGUCACGAAAGGCUCGCUCCUCAGUCCGCAAAAGCUAUUUGCAAUAUUUGGAGGUGAACUUGCCGGUGAAAAACUCCAAUCCCGAAAUUUUCUUCAAAUCGGCUUUUAUAUACGUUUCGUCGCUCAUCACCCAACAGCAAUAUGAAACAAGUUGAGCACCACUGACUUUCAGUGUGUGCUGCACGGCUAACUAAAUCCCAAAACACAAACACUCAAAACCCAAAACUUGUAGCAUUAUCACAAUUUACAUACACAAAAAUUUCACUAAUAGGACAUAUUCAAAACCUAGGCUAGCUUACAUUAUUUUAUCCUACUUACGGGCCCGUUCCUACCAUAACAUCAAAACAAUAACAACAAUCAUAUCACAGCUCGGUUCGGCACAGGAAUAUCACAGCUUUUGCGUCGGAUCGACUAUCACAGCAUCUGGCAACCCUGCCUGGUUGCACUGCUCCACGGGCACGCACCACUGCCCGGAGCACUUCCGCUGUCUGCUUCCGGCUUGGCCAAAAGAAUGAGCUGGGCUCAAUAGUGCGUUGAGCUCCCGAACAACGACACUCGGCUCUGCAACAACGACCUAUCGACAAACGACAAUGUCUUAGCAUUUUAUCUCUUCCGUACUACAAACUUUUUACUCACCCACUAGGGGUCGUUGUUUGUCCCGGUUCUGGCUUUCACCGUCGAUCUGAUGAUUGCUUAGGUGAGGGCACAGGUGAGGGUUUGGCUUGUAUCCUACAAAAUCGACGAUGUGAUGACGCAAUUUAGCCAUGACAAUUAAAAUUUCGUUCACUCACCCGUUGUACGGUUGGUUUCUUUUUGUUUUCUUUUUCCUGCGAGCUCGUUACUGUUCUCCGUCUGCAUUCCCGCUGAGUUCGUCUCCGGAUACCUGGAGGUUCAUAUAGAGACGUCUGAUUGUUCAGCAAGGUUAAUCGAAUGUUCUCACCUUAAAUCCUUCAAGAAACACUUGCCUCCUUUGUCAACAGUGGCUCAGGGACGCGAGCGAAUGGUAGGUUUCAAUGGCGAGUCGAACUUAAUAAAUAAUUUCUUCUGCUGGUGUCGUGUUUAAUCGUUGAUUGUUGUUUACGUUGAUCAUUGUUUAUGUUUUGUUGCACGUGCACGUUUGACAAUUAACACUCUUAAUUCUAAACAGUUAAUUUUGGCUCAAAUAAAUACAAUUACUACACGCUCAAAAUCUAAUGAUCACAAUUACUUAAUUAUAACGCUACAAAUAUUUUGUCAGCAUCUUCUCGUAGAGCUUCAGUGCCCGAAUUUUAGCUGUCGAUUGUUGUCGCUCAUCGCGGUUUAGGAAGUUCUGUACCUUGUAUGUAUGCAGCUCUCUUCUUUGCAUUCUGGACGUAGCCGACUGUCGAUCUUUUUAGCUAAAUCACGGCUUGAAACGUUGGGAUUUGCUUUAAUCAUCCGCCUCACCUUUCCAUCCGUCUUUUUGUUUACGGUUCUGGUUUUCUAUCAGCUCCCUUGCCGUGGUCGGACGUCAACUGCUUCUGGAACCGCUUCAACACUCUGGAGACGGUUGAAUGGUGAAUUUUCAACAUUUUUCUCAACUGCCGGAAUGCCAGGUCAGGAAAUUCCAGGUGUUUGGGAAGAACUUGUUCUCUCGACUCCGUUGGUUCACCAGAAAACGCGGCUUCGAGUUUGACAGCAUGUAAACAAUACACAUCAAUGAGAAAGUGUGCCAAAUUUGGUUGAUUUUUACCCAAUAUACUGGAUCUUAAAAAAUGUGGAAUAUACCUAGUACAUCGAGUCCGAAAAUUAUGCCAUAAAAUUGUCCGUGCACCGAAGUUGCUUAAUAUUUUCAAUUUUCCUCAGAUCACAGCUAAAAUUUCUGGUAUUGCUACUCGAGCUGUUUCGAACAUUGUAACCAAAUUUUAGCUGUUUUCAAAAAUUUUCUCAUAAACUUUUAUCUGUUUAUGGGAUAAAUCUCAAUUUUUUCCAGUAAACGAAAGCUAGCGAACCACUGAUUCAGUAAAUUUAUGAUAUUUUGGUUCCUGGUUGCUGUUGAUUGCAUUUAAACAAUCUAUGGUUGAUUAUAUUAGCGUUAAGAUCAAAUUAAAAAAAAAAUCGAAAAUUACAGACUUGAACUGUAAAUUGAGCAAAGUUGGCCUUGCUCGAGUAGGGUCGUUUUUUUCGCGGACGUAUUUUUUUCGGUAGUCCUUGGAUUACAUUUUUUCCAUUAUUAAGAUUUUUUUCGAAUAUUUUUUUGAAUAAUUUAAUUAAAAAAUAAUGAAAAUUCUUGGUGUGUUUGUAUAGAUAGUUUUCCGGGAAUACCUAUAACAGAAAUCGAUUUUAAUCAGAGCAUUUUUGUUGAUUUGUAGAGUAAAGAAGAUGCUUGUUUAUUUAGAUCUGGGAAGGAAUUUUGUUCGCUUUGAAUUAAAGAUUCAAACGGAGUUAUUUUGAUUCAGUGAUGAAGAAGAAGAAACUUCAGUGAUAUUCAUAAAGUUAAUUACCUUUUUCGAAAAGGCAAAACAAUUUCAGGUAAAGUAGAAAAAAAUAGUGCCAGCGUCGAAGGUUUUUUUUCCGCCGAUUGCUUAGAUUUCUUCAAGACGAAAGCAUGUCGCGGAAGAAGAGGUUUUCUUCAACAAAGUAAUCAAAUCAGCUAAGUACAACUAAGAGCAUUGAUCAUUCAAAAUUUCAUUAUUUAAAAUAGUAAAAUAUUGUGGAUUCGUGAGGGGUAGGACAGGGUCUCAAUCGAGCGGAAAACUGAUGUUUUAUUGGUCCGCGACAACUAGAGCACGAGUAUCAUUUCGGCGAACUUGAAGCGUAUCUAAGCCUAUGAGACGGUAGCGGUUUUUAUAUAUUGGUAAACGAAACGGAUCUUGCCAGUUUAGGUGUUGUAGAGCGUACCACAACAGGCGCCGCUGGAUAGCUUCGAUUCUUUCAGCUCCGUUCUGGUAGAAAGGGCAUCAAACAGCUGAAGCGUACUCGAGAAUAGAACGAACUAUGCAACAAUAAGGAUCUUCAGGCAAUAUACGUCUUUGAAGUCUUUGGCCAUACGGAACAAGGAUCCAAGGCUUCGAGAAGCUUUGUCAACAACCUAGUUCGUAUGAGUCUUGAACUCCAGGCGUCGGUCGAUAAUAACUCCCAGAUCAUUGAUGUGGUCCACCUGGAUGAUGGUUUUGUCUCCGAGGAUGUACUCUGCAUGAAGAGGGUGCCGCUUAAGGGAAAAGGAUUUUACCGAGCAUUUACUGCGUUUCAAGAGCAAGCAAAUGAUGUCGCACCAGUGAGCAAAAGCGGUAAAUUUUUGUUGCAGGAAGUUAACGUCGUCUUGGCCGUUUAUGGUGUGAAAAGUUUCAGGCCAUCGGCAUAUGCGAGCUUUGUGCCGCCGAGGAGCGAGAGCACAUCAUUAAAAUAUUUCACGAAAAUGAUCGGUUCCAAAUAAAUUCCUUGGGGAACUCCUGAAGGGGUAACGAACUGCCUAGAAAAGGAUUCACCAAUACGAACGGAUAACUUUCGUGCCAUUAAGUAGCACCCAACCAAUCUUGAACCAUAGAAGCCUAAACGUUCGAGCUUUGCGAUUGAAAUAUCGUGAUUCAUCUUAUCGAACACCGCAGAGAGAUCUGUGUAAAUGGCGUCAGUUUGAAUAUUAUUGGCAAAACUGUCCUGCACGAACGAUGGAAAAUUCAGUAAGUUUGUAGUCGUGGAUCGUUAAAGCAUGAACCCGUGCUGAUCGUUGGAGAAGUGAUGCUUGCAAAAUGAGAAAAUUGGAUCCAAAACAACCAGUUUAAACAGUUUGGCGAUUGCUCAUAGAGCGGAGAUUCCGCGGUAGUUGCUCACAUCUCUCUUAUCUCUCUUUUUGUGGACUGGAAACAUGUGAGCUUCUUUUCACAAUGAGGCAAAGAUUGCGCAGUCCAGCGAUGAUUGUAAGAUGUGCCUGAUAGGUGUCAGUAGAGAUGGCAUAAAACAUUUCAAAAUAGUCGCUGGUAUACCGUUCGGGCCCCUAGAAGAUGAUUUAUUUUAGCUUAGCUGUCACUUUUAGGAAGGCCGCAUCGUCGACUAAAAAACCAUUUAAAGAUGACCCUAGGAGUGAUAUGUUUCCGACAAUCCUGGCCAGUUGCUCCAAAGAAAUUUCCCCAGUUGUGAAAAUACUAAAAACAAUCUCGGCAAAAAGUUUGCAAAUUUUUGGAUUAGAAUUCGCUGUGUCGCUGUCAAGGAACGUGUAAAAUGAAAGCCCUGGUUCUUUCCGUUGAUUUUUUACGGGCUUCCAAAAAGAUUUCGGACUGGUCUUGAAAUUCCUUUGAAACCAGUUUAGGUAGAUAAGGUAGCUACGUUUACUGACUUUUUUAUAAGUAGAGUUUAGUUUGCGGUAUUCUCCCUUAGUGUAGGGGGAUUUGUGCUUGUUGUAGUUACGGAGUGCACGUUUCUCGUCCGUCUUCAGUCGCCGUAAUUCUUCAGUGACGUUUCGGAACAUGGCGAUCAAUAAUGUAGUUGAGAAUGUUCGAAAAUGUCUCAGCAGCUGCGUUUGGAUAAGAAGGAUCGAGCUCAACUUCCCAUUCGAUGAACUCAAGGACGAGGGAGAUAGCUUCAAAAUCCACGUUCUUAAAGGAUGCUGUUCUCUUCACGGGAGCAUAUAUCCUUGCGGCAUCGAGAGAGACCACUAUGGCUGGGUGAUGUGGAACAGCUUUGACAAGGGGAGCGGGAGCUAAGUCAAUCGUCCGUUUUCAUUUGCGAUAUUAUUUAUCUGACGUGUUCAGACGUAAAUAUUGCUGAGAGCGAAAACGCAUAGGGUCUGGAAACAGAAAGCCACUUCGGGAUGAGUACCAUUGAUGAAGUCGCCGAUGACGAGUAUGUCAUCCUUAGAAGAACAUGAAACAAGUUGAGCACCACUAACUUUCAGUGUGUGCUGCAGGCUAACUUUUACCCAAAACACAAAUACGCAAAACCAAAAUCUUCGUGGAUACAAUCACAAUUUACUUUUACGACAUAUUAAAAACCUAAGCUAGCUUAACAUUAUUACUCACUGGGCCCGUUUUCUGCCAAAGUUCACAAACUUUACAUCCCAAAUGCACAACAGUCAUAUCACAGCUAUCGGACGACACAGGUUUAUAACAGCUGAAUAUCUGGCAACACCGUCUGGUUGCUCUGCUUCACGCACGGCACGCACCACUGCCCGGAGCACCUCCGUAGACUGCUUCCGGCUGGAUUCAAACCGUUGGAAUCUCACGGCGUCGGGAAUUCCGUUCUCAAAAACGAGACUCGAAAAAGCCAGAAGUGGCAAAAACACGAGUCCCGAAAAAAAGAGAAUUUAGUUCUCCUUAAACGACCCUGUCGAUCAUGAAUCACCUAUUAGCAUUGCUUUCUCGCGCACAAUCAACAAACAACUCACCCGAUUGGGGCCGUCUUUCCUGCGCAAUUUAUCGUCCCGACCGUCUGUCGAAUGGACUUCUCGGAAGCCGCUGGCCUUCGCACUUGGCUUUACAAAGUUGUAUGCAUGACGGAACUGGUUGGGAUCAAUCAAAUGGUUCACUCACCCUUUUGUUGUGUUUGCUGUUGCUGAGGUUUUCUUUUCGCCUUCUAUUACUCGCUCUUGACGCUGCGGUGAUCUAUGGUGAAAGCAACUUGCUUGAAAUGACCAUUUGGGGAAAUAUUUCUGAUUUUACCUUCGGUUUUACUUGCUCCUUGAUCCUCUAGGAUUUUGUCGUCGCGAUUGAACCGUACACCUUGGCUAUCUGUUUUGUAAAUACCAAUGUAUUUUGCUGUUCCUCGAAAGAAUUUCAGCCUAGUCUCACAUUUAAUCGAUGCCGCUACAAGCGCUCGUUCUCUGAUGGCUUCGGUUCCACGAUGCAGACGAAUGACGGGAUGCUUUUGCCGACGAAACUAUCGCGAAAUGCAAUGGCGAACACAACCGCUGAAACGUUUUCGACGAUGCUGUUUUCUUUUCGUUUCUCCUUGUUUACGUUUUUGUCCCGCGUAUGCGUUGACGUAUACACUCUAAACUCCGAACACUCAUUCUUUGGUUUUUGUUAACUCUAAUGGUAGGACACACUCAGAAAUAAAUAGCUAUACGAACUUAAUUAUAAUGCUACAAACAAACAGAGCUGACUUUAGAGAGGCAACGGGAAAAGGACUCUGCUGAUACCAGGUCGCCAGAACGAUCAGGAGGCACGUACACUACGCAUAGAUAGAGUUUCCGAUUACCGAGAUCAAUGCGGGUCCAAAGAAGCUCCAGAUCGUUCCAGGAAAAGUCUUCGAUAAACAAAGCCAGGAUCUUACGGAAAGUAAAACUCCACCACCAGUUGGAGCUGGCAGGAAACAGCGCGACUGAGUCGAAGAGCUCAGGAGUCUCCCAAGGGCUCAGAUCGAUGCGUCCUGGUGUCGAAACUCUAGAAGCCAUUGAGGCACUUUCUUGUAGAUUCUUUGAUUUAAAACCAUUCGAUUGAUAUAGAACACAAGAAAUAGAACAUUACAGGCAAAGUGCUCAUAUAUCUUAAAAAAAGACUUUUUUCACACUAGAUGAAGAUAUUUUAAUUCGACUAUUGAUUGAAAAAGUACCUUUAAAGAAUAUUUCGGGGCCGAUAUAAGUGCUGUACGGACAAUGUUUUGACCGACUGUAUAUUGGAGGCAGAGAAUCCAGACAAGAUUCACUCGCGCACCAAUGAAGAACCAUUCCAUUGCAAAGGCUAGUUCAAACACUCAGAUCAGUGCCUAACAGUGGAAACAAAUGGUUGCAAUAGGUGUUUUGCCGUCUAGUCUUAGAAAUAAAAAAACAUCAAUGAAAACAAAAAAAAACCAAAAAAAACAAACUCACACAAAAUGUACAAGCAGACAAUUCUAGCAGGAACCGACUAAAAUAAGCAAAUUGCAACAUAUCGAUCCAUAAGUUAUAUACAACAACAAAUUACAAAAGUAAAAAACAAUGUAAGAAAUCUGUUCUGUGGGAAUCAAUAUCGAGUUACGGUGUAGGCAUCAAUAAAUAAAUUACUAGCGAUAGUUAUUAGUAGUUAUCUGAAGUAAGAAAAAUUCAUAAGCAUCUGUAGUAGUUUGUAUUGGCAAAAAUAAUACUACUAAAAUAACACAAAACGCUUACCACCAAAGGAUAAACCAAAAACAAGGAAUGAAGUAUCUCUUCGCGUUAGAACGUAUUAAUAAAAAAAAAAAAACCUUUUGACUGGAAUCUGUCCCUUAAAAUUAUUAGCAUCGGAUGAGUUAAACCAACUCAACGAGCGCCCAGUAUAUCGCUAUGUACGAUCGUAAUCAUGUAGAGAUUGUUAAUAUCCAAAUAUAAUCCAAAAGAAUAAAAAAAAAGUAGACAAGCCGAGCCUUUUCAUCUGAUAGCAGUUUUUUCUAUUGGUUUAUCUAACAUGUUUGAAUAAAAGAAAAACACCGACCUUUUGUAAGCACAUUUUAUACAAGAAGCAAACUAUUAUCCUAAUAUUCGAUACAUUUUCAAAUCCCAAGAAAAGUUUUUGAUAAACUCAUAUUUUCAAGCAACAACAUUAAAAAACAAAACAGAAUAUUACAACAAGUAAAUCUGCAAACAAGCAAAAAAAAACUGGUAGUCUAAGGUAUACUCGAGGAAGAAAGCAAAACCAUAUAGUUUAGAAAUCUAGUGUAUGUAUCUAGAUGAUCAGCUGGUCUGAUAAUACAAAUAGUAGAAAACCUGCUACGGCCGAGGAACAACUUGUACUACAACAUACUCAUAUGUUAGUCGUUGUGGUCAUGGUUUAAAGGUAGAAAUAUUACCUCCAGUUUGUAGAGAAUUGCCGGUAUUAAGGUAAGAUGUGUUGUAGGCAUAUUUAAUCUCGUUUAAAUUUUCUAUUGGUUCGCUGAGCCCUUGAGUUCGACUUUUUGUUUUUGACUGUAGUACGUGUAGUGCAGAUGUACGCUUCUUUUAUGAGCAGUAGAGGCCAAAAAGAUGGGCUUGGCAGAUCAUUAGUGAUACAGGUGAUUAGGUGUUGCAAGCAAACAAACAAACAAUCCACACACGCUUCGGGUUCGAUAUGGGAUUAGAGCGCCGGACGGAAUUAUAUCGAAGUUACAGUGAUUAGAAAGUUUAAGUCUUCGUUAUACGGAAAGAAAAGAAAUCAUUAAAGAUUGUGAUGUUUUUAUCUAUAUUGAACUAUUUUUUAAAGCUUGUUUAACGUAAAAAACGAUUGUGAAUUGUUACUGUGUAUUAUUGAACGGCAAAGAGAAUUGAACUAGCUAAUCGCACGAGUAAAUUGAGAUAACAUUGUUCGCAAAAUUAUCUGGGCUGAUGUGUCCAGCAAAUGAAUUUUCGUUUAAAUUACAUGUUAUUUAAUUCUUUAUUUGAUAAAAGUUUUAAAAUAAUUAUCAAACAAAAUUCAUUGUAUGUGAAUUAAAAAAAAAACAUUUCAUUCAGAAAGUCUAGUAAACUUUUUUUUUGUAAAUUUGUAUUAUUAGAUAUUAAUAAAUAAUCUGUGAAAGGUAUACAUCAGUUAUAGAAAUAUCUCCAAAACCUCUGCUGAAAGAAGGAAAAAUGAACGACUGCGAUAACAAUCCAUGCACUUUGUUCGACGUCAUUCAGUAAGUUUCAUUUUGCAUACAAUUUUCUGUAAGGUAUGUUUUUUUUCAAUUCGGGCAAAGAUAUGCGCUUCAACUACUUUAAAUAAUGACAAUACUCUUUUUGCAAAUUGACACUCUCACAAAUCCAAAUUCGUUUUCCAUCGAAAAAUUCAAAGAAGUGUAGCUUUGAAGACUUACAUUUCAUUUGAUGAUUAUAAAAUCUUCCUAUAUCUAUUGAAGCGAAACCAUUCGUCACUAUUUUCUCAUUUUUUUCCGUUUUGAUUUUUUGGCACGGAUCAUGGGUGUUCCAUAAAGCCAAUGGUGUUGACUAUUUUCUCCAAUGGAUUUAAGCACUACCAUUGACAUUUCUUCGGAUAAAAGCGGGAGUAAAGGUGAUUAGUAAAAAAGGGAUUGUUAAAAGCAAGUAAAUAUUGGCUAAGCAACGCGCUGGGUGACGUUCAAAAUAGUGAAAGCAUUAAAAGAAUGCAUUUUUGUGAAUCACGGUACUCAAAUUUUACAGAUUUAUACAAAAACAGGUCAUUGUGAGCAGUGCUGCAAAUUUUCAGUGUCAGUGAGAAAUUAUCAGCUGACUUUAUUGCAGUGUAUCGGUCAGUUCAAUUCCAACUAGAUUCAUACGAGAAUGAACUGAAAGCUCAGUCCUGAAAGCUCCCUGCACACUCAUUCACCAAUCGGCAACAUCGGUGCUUAGUAUACUUUCAGGCUCUUUGCAGGUUCAUGAGGUUAUCCAAUCUACAUUUUCAGUUUCAUGCGAACAUUGCUGAAAGUGAAAAAAGCUUCCUUCUAUUAUCAUUAAGUUUAGUUGAAUGGUGACAAAGAUUGUUCGACUCGCUAGACAUGCGCAAAUUUCAGAAUUACUGCUGAGAUCGCUAUUUUUGAAGGAUUCUGAUAAAAAAUACGUCUGUUUCAAAUGGUGUGAAGAGGUGGGAAGGUUUAGAAAUGAGUGUUCGGGUUGGCGAGACGAACGCUGGCGAGGGAGCGUGUAGACGAAUGUGGGGGACAAAAUUAUGACAAAAAGUUGGCAAUAAAAUGACAAAACAUGACAAAUGUGGUAAAAGUAUGACAAAAUUAAGACAAAAAAAAAUCUGACAAAUAGGAAUGAAAUUUACAAUACAAUGGAAAAAUAGUUAGUAAAUACUAACACAACUCUGUCGAAAAUAUGACAAAUCUGAUUAAAAUGUGACAAUAUUUUAACAAAAAUAUGACAAAAAAGACAAAAUCAUGGCAAAAAAAAAAAUUACAAAUGUCGUAAACAAUUGACAAAAAUAUGACAAAUAUAAUAAAAUUAUGACAAGCGUGGUAAAAAUAUGUCAAUAAAUUGACAAAAUCAUGACAUGAAAUUGUGAAG